UAUAAAUUGAAUUGAUCGAAGUAAAAUGGCCGUUGAUUUUGCGUUUGUGAUCAUAUGUCAAACAAAUCAAAAAUAGUGUUGAAUUAAGAAGUGUUGCAUUUAUUUUAAUCAUUUGUAUGCAUAACCAAUGUUUAGGCUUCAAUUCAACUGUAAUCAAUGAAGUGAAACUCUGAGGUAAAAAAUGAUUGUACAGGAACCAGUGCAGGCUGCCAUUUGGCAUUGUUUGAAUCAUUAUGACUACACUGAUGCUGUAUUCUUGUCAGAGCGAUUAUAUGCUGAAGUCAAAUCUGAUGAUAGUCUGUACCUCUUGGCCACAGCUUAUUACAGAAGCGGCCAAAAAGACCACGCAUACCACAUUUUGAAGGAAAGGACAGAUGCUUCAACACAGUGCAGAUAUUUGCUUGGGAUUUGUGCUUAUGAUCUUGAAAAAUAUGCUGAGGCCGAGGCAGCUUUGUUACACUCCAAUAAGAGCAGCAAUGACUCCGAGAAUUUCGACGACAUCACAUCAGAAUACGGUGAUCAAGCACCAUUCGCUUUAUCUUUAUUAGGUAACAUAGCUGCCAAAACCGAAAGAAAACCUCGUGCCAUAGAUGCAUGGAAACGAGCCUUAAAACUAAAUCCAUUUCAAUGGUCAAGCUUCGAAAAUUUAUGCAAAAUAGGAGAUAAACCAAACCCCCAAAAUAUAUUCCAAAUAACAGGUGUUGAAAAUUUAUCAAUGUGCCAGGGAAGUAAUAUUAACAAUAUCGAAAGUGUUGUUAUAACAAACAACAAUCCAAAUCAAGAUAAUCAAGAGACAUACGCCACAACUCCUCAACAGAUUCUUGUGAAUUUUAGCCCCAAUGUCGUAACUUCGAAUUCGAAAUUGUGUACACCUGAUGAUAAUCCAAUUGUUACACAAAAUGUGUGGCUGUCGGGCUUCGCCCCCUUCACGUCGAGGACCAAGUUGCUGAGAUUUCGGACGGAUUCCUCCAGUAAUCCGAGUCCUCAGCCGAGCUUUGGCCACUUCUUGGACACCUCCCCCGACGGUUACUUCAGCACACCGAACCUCCUAUCCCAACCAAAACUGACCGAAUCCAACAACCACCACCAAUCGCUAGCAAAGCGCGUGAAAGCGCAAGUCGAUCAAUUCAUCAAUCGCAAAGAACCGAUCCUCCAAAACUGCAAACCCCUAUUCAGCCAAUCGACAAACGUCACCAAAACCCCAACAAUCUCCCUUGCCGUACAGCCAUGUCAAAACGUCAGACGCAGCUCACGCCUCUUCACCAACAGCUACUCAGUCAAAGAAAACAACAAAUCGCCCAAUCGAACCAAAUUCGCCACACCCAAGUCGCCCUCGCGGAAAACCAAACAACGAAUGGCGAAAUGCAAUUUAAACAAAACCACAGCCUACACCGAACUCAACACACGCAACCGCAUCGAGAAGGAAAAAACCGAAACGGUGACUUCGACCGACGCAAAAAUCGAGAAAAGUGCAAUAAGUAAUAGUAGUAGUGUCGAGAGUUGCGUCCAGCAGGCGAUUCUAAUGCAGAAGCAAAGUGCCGAAGGGCUGAUGGUCCUCUUGCGGAGUUUAGGUCAGGCGUACUUGCAUUUGUCGAAUUUUAAUUGCAAGGCGGCGAUUGAAGAAUUGAACGUUCUGCCGCCGAAUCAGUUCCAAACGGCUUGGAUUUAUUGUCUUCUGGGGUUAGCCUACUUCGAAUUGACCGACUACGAGUCCAGCAUAAAGUACUUCAGUAAAGUGCACAACCUUGAACCGUACCGGAUACAGUUCAUGGACGUCUACUCCACAGCGUUGUGGCACUUGCAGAAGGAGGUGGCGUUGUCAGCGCUGGCCCAGGACCUCAUCUCUUUGAACAAAAACUCGCCGGUGACGUGGUGCGUCAGCGGAAACUGCUUCUCGUUGCAUAAGGAGCACGACACCGCGAUUAAGUUUUUCCAAAGGGCUGUGCAAGUCGAUCCGAGGUUUCCCUACGCGUAUACGCUGCUAGGGCAUGAGUACAUCACGACGGAGGAGCUUGACAAGGCGAUGAGUUGCUUCCGCAAUGCCAUAAGACUGGACCCAAGACAUUACAAUGCCUGGUUUGGUAUCGGAACCAUUUACUCAAAACAGGAGAGGUACCAUCUGGCGGAAAUAAACUACUCGCGAGCGCUUGAGAUCAACCCCCAGAGCUCGGUGAUUCUUUGCCACAUUGGUAUCGUCCAACACGCGUUGAAGCAGACGGAGAAGGCUCUGAAGACGUUUAACGUGGCCAUUGCGAAUAAUCCGAAGAGUCCGCUGUGUAAGUUCCACCGGGGGUCGAUUUAUUUCGCCCUCGGGAGGCACGCAGAGGCCUUAAAGGAGCUGGAGGAGUUGAAGGAGAUCGUUCCCAAAGAGUCGCUAGUUUACUAUUUAAUAGGCAAAGUUCACAAGAAGUUAGGAAACACGGAUUUAGCGCUAAUGCAUUUCAGUUGGGCGACGGAUUUGGACCCGAAAGGGGCGAGUAGUCAGAUCAAGGAGGCGUUUGAUCCGUCGAUCGGUCGCACUACGUCCAGUGAGUCGCCCACUUCGCCAGCGGCGGAGGAGUUUCUGGCGGAUAGGAGGCCGGGCUUGCAGCCGGAAGCGUUGAACUUCGGGAAUCUUCCAGACGAUAGCGAGGAUAGUUUCUAAAUGAUAAACACCAAGCGAUUUGUUGAUUGAGUUGCGGUUUUAUUCAUUUCUAAUUGAAGGAAUACUGAUUUGUGACGUGCCAGAGGUGGUUUGCGUGUAUCUUUAAAUUGUGAAAUGUAAAAGAUGUGUUCGUAAAUUAUAGGUUUGUCAUUAAACGAUAUAAGAAUUGUAUGAUUUUCAGUACUGAUGUAUAUUUCCAUAGGUGUUAAUUUUCAUCCCUACAUUUACGUGUACAUUCGACUUUAAGUUUGAAGCGGUAGAGUUUAUUUUAUUUUUAUACCACACGUGCGUUUUGUUCAUUGUGUAUAGUUUGACAAUUUCUUUAAUAAAAUAUUUAUGCUGAUUAAAUUUGAAGUAACGUCGA